ACCCUGUCUCUCGGCGGCAGCGGCGGCGGCGGUGGCUCGCGCAGCUUGUUGGCUCGCUAUAUAAAGGAGAGAAGCGGGCGGACCGGACGGCUGGAGCUGCAGCCGGUGGCGGCAGCGGCGGCGCAGGGAGCGGUGACCGGUGGUGGUUUCCCUCCUUGGCGCGGGGUGGGGAGCGGGCAACGCCCCCGGACCCCUGAAGGGUCGUGGCUUUUUUUUUUAAAAGGCGAUUCUCGAGGUUUUUAGCUGCGGGAGGAGUACCCCCCUCCUCCUCCUCUCUCCGCUCUCCCCUACUCCUUCAGGAUUGAUUUUGUUUAAAUUUUUUUUCCCAAUCUUGCGGUGACUUGGGUCACCCUCGGGUGUUUUAGUAUUUUUUUUUUUUUGUUUUGUUUUUAUCUUGUUUUCUUGGGGUUGCCCCCUCUUGUUUGUGUUGUGUGUGGAAAUGGCGAACUCGGCAAAUACAAACACCGUGCCUAAAUUAUACAGAUCUGUGAUUGAAGAUGUCAUUAAUGAUGUGAGAGACAUCUUUCUGGAUGAUGGAGUGGAUGAACAAGUACUGAUGGAACUAAAAACUUUAUGGGAAAAUAAACUAAUGCAGUCCAGGGCAGUAGAUGGAUUUCAUUCAGAAGAGCAGCAGCUCCUACUACAAGUUCAACAGCAGCAUCAACCCCAGCAGCAGCAGCACCACCACCAUCACCACCAUCAGCAAGCUCAGCCUCAGCAGACGGUACCUCAGCAAGCACAGACCCAGCAGGUCCUUAUUCCCGCAUCACAGCAAGCCACAGCACCACAAGUUAUUGUUCCAGAUUCUAAGUUGAUACAGCAUAUGAAUGCGUCAAACAUGAGUGCUGCUGCUACAGCUGCUACCUUAGCACUCCCUGCAGGUGUGACUCCUGUUCAGCAAAUAUUAACAAAUUCAGGCCAGCUUCUUCAGGUGGUCAGAGCAGCCAAUGGUGCCCAGUAUAUCUUUCAGCCUCAGCAGUCAGUGGUUCUACAACAACAGGUUAUACCACAAAUGCAGCCCGGUGGAGUACAAGCUCCUGUUAUACAGCAGGUACUGGCUCCUCUUCCUGGAGGGAUUUCACCACAGACAGGUGUCAUCAUUCAGCCUCAGCAAAUCUUAUUUACAGGAAAUAAGACUCAAGUUAUACCUACGACAGUGGCAGCACCUACACCAGCCCAAGCACAGAUAACUGCAACUGGCCAGCAGCAACCACAGGCCCAGCCUGCUCAAACACAAGCUCCAUUGGUCUUACAAGUUGAUGGAACUGGGGAUACGUCAUCUGAAGAAGAUGAAGAUGAAGAAGAAGACUAUGAUGAUGAUGAGGAGGAAGACAAAGAGAAAGAUGGAGCUGAAGAUGGGCAGGUGGAAGAAGAGCCCCUCAAUAGUGAAGAUGAUGUGAGUGAUGAGGAAGGACAGGAACUUUUUGACACAGAAAAUGUCGUCGUAUGCCAAUAUGAUAAGAUACACAGAAGUAAAAACAAAUGGAAAUUUCAUCUCAAGGAUGGCAUUAUGAAUCUUAAUGGAAGAGAUUAUAUAUUUUCCAAAGCCAUUGGGGAUGCAGAAUGGUGAAGAGUUGCUUUUUUUCUUUUAUAAAUAAAAGAAACUUUAAAAAAAUUUAAAGUGGACAGCUUGAAACUUGGGCAUAUGCCAACCAAAACUUCAUUUCUGCAUGUCAGAAAAUUGCAGUAGAAGCAAAGCUACUGGAACAAAGAUAGACCUUGACGACAUAGACACUACUUACUGGCAAGCCAUGGAACUGUAGCACCUGGGGUUGUUGGGUGGGAGGGUUGGGGUUUUGUGUAGGAAAACCAUAAUUGUUGAUUUUAAAUACAGGUACCCGCCACCGGUAAUUAGCAUGUAAAGCUUUGUCUAUAUUCCUUCCUCCAACUUGGGUUCAGUCAGAAGAUACUUGUCGGAAUGAACUGAAGAAACUUCCCUUUUGAUAGAUUGGACUGAAAUUGCUUAUUGUAUAUGGUUAUGUUUGGUAAAAGUUGUGUGUGAGCUUUUUACAAAAGGGUAAGAAUUAUGAUGUUGAAUUUUAAUUCACUUGUAUAAGAAAAAAUUUAAACUCUCAUAAUAGAUCUUAAAUAUUUUUACUUGCUAUUCUCCCUCAGUGAUAUAUACCUCUUCCUUUCCAGCUUUAUGAAACAUCUAUUUAAGAUUUAAAGGAAGUUAUCAGCAAUCAUAGUUUGGAGAUAAAAUUUGACCCAGGAAUGGAUAUUUAUUUUAAUUAGGUUUUCCUAUUUAUUAAAUGUAAUUAAAGACUUGGGUCUUGUUUGAGUUGAGUGGAAUUGAAAUGACAACUUUAAUUUCCCUACAAAAAAUUUUGUUUUAGUGCCACACCUUAAAAAGAAACCCCAGACUAGCAGGAAUGUAGUUUUAUUUUGCAAGCGUAUAUUCUAGCUGAAAUUGUAUACACAUGAAUAUACGUAGACUUGUCCUGUUGGGCUGAAGUGUGUGCUUAUAAAUGUGUUUAGUCUUGAAACUAAACAUUCAGAUAACAGUCUGUACAUUGAUGAAAGUAUAGGGCAGGUGGUGAGGACCUGGAUUUUUAUUAAACAAUUUAGUAAUUAUAAAAGUUUCUUGUGUUUAGUAAAGAAUUUAAAAAAUCUAUUAUUCUAAUUCAACAAGUUUUUAAAAUCAACUUUGUAAUUUGAGGGGAAAAUUUGGGGGGAAGAGGUGGGUGGGCCUUUAAAUUACCUCUCUUUUAUCUGGUGGCCCUUCCAGGCCAUUGAGAAAAUAAAGAUGUUGGCUCCAGUUUGCACAUUGGGAAGAAAGCAUAGAAAUUUGACUUGUAUAUUAAAAAGUGAUAGAAAUGUAAUAUGUAUAUUAAGAAUGCUUAGGUCUGUAUUCUGUAAGAGGAUCUGAAGAACAAUAUGGCACUGCUGUGUUCAGUGUGAAUUCGCUGCCUGGGAGAACUGCAGGAAUGCUUGUCUUCACCAUUGUGUUCUUAUAACGAAUUCAACUUUCCAUGGUUUAUCUUGACAAAAUUUACAUGUGUUUAGAUUACUUGUAUAUUGAUAUAUUUUUUUAGUCUUCAGUUUUUGUCUUCCUUUUGCCUUUGUGUUUUCAGAAGUAACCCAUCAACACUUUUUAAAGUACAUUAACAAAGAAACUGUGAGCUGUUAUAUAGUGUUUCUUUUUUAACACAGAUCUUUAAAAAAUGGCAAAAAUUGUUUUUCUACUUCCCACCCAGCUUACCACCUUGGUCUCUUUAACUUAUGUUCUAAACUUUGAUGUAAAUGGUGGUGUCUAGCAUGCUGGUAGUUAGAUUUUAUUCAGGUACCAUAAAUGGUAAUACAGUUUUUAUUUUGACUAUAUUAAUUUAGUUUUUUGAGGGGAAGUUUGUUUAUUCUGUGACUCUCAAAGCACACAGAGGUUUUAAAAUAUAUAUUAUUAUUAAUAAGACUGAGAGAAGAGGAAAUGGGAGGGAGUAACAUCACAGAAGUCCUGUUGUUCAACUGUUCUUCAAUACAGUUGCUAGUAGGUUUGUAUUUACUCAAUAAAGAAGUUGGUGACUGAACUACCUAUAAAAAUUCAGCAGUGCUGCAGUGUUGCUUAAGUGAAACCCUUUGGCUAUCUGGUAGUUUUUAUGCUACUGAAACUUGGAUUACUGUAUGAUACUCAGCUCGUCUUGGAGCCUCUAUGUAGACAAACAUUCAUAUUCAUAGUAGCAUUGUAUACUAGCUUGUUUUUAUAACUUUAUUUUUCAAACAUGAACAACCACUGCUUUCAUAGUGGUUAUUUUGUUAUUUUUGAAGCAGGAAAUAACCAUUUGUAUUUGCACCUGUAUAUUGCAUAUUAAUUAUGGUAUACAUGGCAGAUGCUUUUCUUUUACCUGUGAAAAUUCUAUAAGCUGGUCCAAGCUACAUUGUGUACCAAAUUGUGCUCUUAUAUAUUAUUUGCAUCGUGUUCCUUUUUAAUCAAAUAGCAUGUUUUAGUUUUAUUAUAGUAGCUUUUGCUGUACGAAUGUCACUUGCUUAUCUUUUGCUGUACUUGAAUUCUUAAUCAUGCUUUUAACAUUAUAUUUAACAAAUCAUUUCAUAUUAAGUUCCAUUAAAAUGUCAUUCCUUUGAAAAGGCAAGGGAUUCCCACUUUCAGAAUUUUAAAAUGAAAGUAGCAUGUGUAUCUAAAGGCAGAAAAUAGUUUGGACUUGGUAUUAUGAAAAUAAGGAAUGGUUUCUGGAGACGAUUUGUUUAGAUUUGCACAGAUGGUGAUGGCACCUUUUACUUAAAAAACAUUAAUCAACAGUGCUAAGGAAAAUUUACACAAAAUUACAAGAUAAAACAUGGAAAUGUGUGCCUUUCAGUAUACAAACUCUUGCUUGGCGGUCAUUUAGGUAAUCAGACCAUUUGAAUGCCUGAGAGCAUAUUUAAUUUCUGUGGAGUGCCACAUAUGGCUAAAACAACUCUUUGAUGUGCAAUUAAUUUCUAGAGUAAAAUGUCUGUUAUAUGAGGGGGAUCUUUUUAUUGGGCUUUUGUAUUUUUUAAAUGUACACAUUUCUUUCUGUUAAUUAAAAUGCCAUCAUAAUGUCACAUUUA